UUGCAUUGCAGGCAGCCUUAUUCACAAUGCGCAUAUCACUCUGGAUAAAUGCCAUCAAUCAAACAUCGGAAAUUGCCGAUACUUACGUUUCCUGUUAGGGAAAUUACAUAAUUCAGGGUUUUCAAUCCGUACGUUUGUGCAUUUUGAACCGCGUACAGUGUGGGAGGAAAAGCUGCCUGACAAGUGCUAAGCAGGGCAAAACUUCGCUACUCAAUCUGUCCACUAUUACACUCAAUUGCUACUAGCUAGGUAGACUACCUGGCGAUAGCUCACUGGAAGCAAAUAGCACAUGAGUGCCAGCAGCACACCAUCCUGCGGACAGAAAUGAACCAUACUACUCCGGAGGCACUGGGUCUUGACCCUGCCGUGCUGAGAGACGAUCUCUUCGAGCACUGGAACCGGAGAGAUCUUCAGAUGCUACGCUUGGCAGCUCUCCAGGGAUUUUCAAAGGUAACUGAGCCUCUCGAGGCCUUGCUAACAAUCCUGGAGGGCUGUCCUGGCAAACAGAAGGGUCGGAGCCACACCCUCGGCCAUCAUAUCCUCAUGGAAUUCCAGGCAUGGAUGAAGGAACAUCCGCAGGUGACCCUGAGCUCACUCCCGGAGCAGCAAGUAUUGGCACUCCAACACCGGGCCCUGAGCUUACUAACAGAUAUCCAGCCUAGCUUUGCAGACACGCUCAUAAACAUCUACCACCUCAGUUCCCUCGAUCUAGCCACGCUCCGAGCACACAUUGUGAGGUUGCAGGCUCUUGCCUGCUACAAAGAGUCAGCAGUGCUCAGCAUAAAGCUGAAGUUACAGAAAGAGCUGGAUAUGGAGGAGGUGUGUGUACCACUAAUCUUGCAGAAUAAGUUGGCGUUGGCAGAGUCCUUCGUCACAGGCCACAGUCAUCUAGAGAAACAACUGGUGACACUGCUGGAUUCGUGGUGUCACCCCAACUUCAGUGUGGAGGAGAUACGCAAACGGUUCCCUCGUCUUUCUCUGUCCAAACAGUGCAUGGACCAGAUCCAGCCCAAAAUGCUCACCAAACAAGUCUUCCGCCUCAUGGAGAAAUUCAACAUAGACCAAGGGCUGUGUCCCAAUGCCCUGCACAAGAGAAGACUGGACUCCCUGCGUUACCUCAUGUAUGCAAGGUUUCUGGAAAAAAGCAUGACAGAGGAGAACUGGACUGACCAUGUUCAGUUCGUUGUGGCUGAUGACCUUGAGCUGCAGAUAAACUUGGUGGAGAUGUUGGUAAAGAACUGUGGUCUCCAGAAAGCCUCUCAGUGGUCACUGAGAUACAACAUCCCCAGAUAUCGACUUCCCCUUGGAGUGUGGGAAACGCAGCAGAGUCUUCCGCCUGAUCUACAACAGAUAUGUCCGAGCGAUUUGGUGCAAACUGAAGAGUGGGUGUCAUCUCCAUCUCACCGUCAGAAGUUCUAUCAGGCUCCACUCACCAAGGACAAGGUUCAUUUUGUGGACACGCCCGAAGCGCUCCAGAGAUGUCGAAACAUUGUGCUGAAGGAAGGUGGCAUUGUAGGAGUUGACAUGGAGUGGCAGCCAACGUUUGGCUGUAUCUCAACUCAGAAGGUUGCCCUGGUCCAGCUCGCAAUUAUUGACCAGGUUUUCUUAUUAGACCUCUGUGCAAACGGAUUCUGUCAACACCCAGAUACUGUUGGUUUCGUCAGGAGCUUGUUCUCUGAGAGAAAUGUUCUUAAACUAGGUUAUGGUAUGUCAGGUGAUCUGAAGUGUGUCUCGGCCACCUGGCAACAGUUUUUAGAGGAGCCAUUGAAGAUGGAGGGAAUUCUUGACCUUCUUAAUAUACACCAGAAGAUCCAGCGUAGCAAAGUCAAGAGGACUCAUAAUGGACCUAAAGAGGUGCUGGUAAGAGAGGACUUUGCAGAAAAGGGCCUCAGUCUGUUGGUACAACAGGUCCUGGGAAGGCCUCUGGACAAGACAGAGCAGAUGUCCAACUGGGAGAAACGGCCACUGCGCAUCAGCCAAAUUAGAUAUGCAGUGGCAGAUGCCUAUUGUUUACUGGACGUAUACUCUGUCCUCUCAAGCAACCCAGCAUACUUUGGGCUGCCAGCAGACCUGCGUAGCAUUUCUUCAAGCCAGUCGGAGAAGAGUGCAGAUAAGAAGCAGAAAGAGAAACAGGCUGAGCAGAUGAAACAGGAAUGUCAGGGGGCUCAAAGGGUCACCCCCCCUCGCUCUGACAUGGAGAAAGGCCUCCUGUGUGGCGAGAAGCCCUCAGAAGAUGCUCCCCUUCUGGCCCCCCAGAAGUUGCGGGUGGUGUGUGACAACAUGCUGCAGGGACUGGGGAGGUACCUGCGAUGUUUAGGAGUCGAUGUGAUCAUGCUGGAGAACACUGAUGAUCACAGAAAAGCUGCAAAGUUAGCACAAGACGAAGGCCGAGUCAUACUCACCUGUGGACAACCGUUCCAAAGUCUGCGGUCCCAGGUAGGCGAGGGUCGCUGUCUGUCACUUGACUGUUCAGAGAAGGCCAGAGAUCAGGCUGUUCGAGUCCUCAGACACUUCAAUGUCCAGCCCACUCCCAGCGAUAUCUUCAGCCGCUGCCAGGCCUGUAACUGCGAUCAGUAUGUGGCGGUGCCCAGAAAGGACAUGAUUGGGAUGCUCAAGCAGAAAGGAUUUUUGGGGGACCAGGACGACACUGACCACACACAACAGCCGGAUGAGGAGAUGACCCCCGGUGUGUCCUCUGACCUCCCCAGGUAUGCCCUUCAGUGUCAGUGGGCCCCCCUUUCAGGUCUGGACCCCGACACGCUGACCUUUCCCGGGGGGGAACCGAUACAGCUCCACACUGUUCCCCCCGGCCUCCUGCCGAGGAUAGCGCUCUUCUAUGUCUGCACCAGAUGUGGCAAGGUGUUCUGGGAAGGCUCUCACUUCGGCCGUGUCCUUUCGAUGUUUCAGGACGUCUUUCACAUAACAGACACUGACUCAGCUGCAGCGCCGGUUCCAGCUGCUCAGCAUGACUGACUAAAAGUGGAGCUGCUACAUUUCCUCACCCUUAAAAAGACAUCUACAAUAAUUCUUUGCACAUUUAGGUCCCAGAUUUCAUGAAAUCCAUAUAAAUCGCCUCAUAGAUAUUGUUUUUGUUUUCACAAUGUAUGACUUUUUAUUUUCAGACUUUUAAUUUGUCAGAGUUCUUUUCACAUGUACAAAAGUUUCAGUGGUUUUAAACUUGUCACGUUUAUAUGAAUUGAUAAUUCAAUGAACCAAAGACUUUUUUUACUUUGUCAUUACUUUGGUUGACUGUACUCACUGUUAUACCAUUCACUCAGCAGGGGAUGAUAUUAUCAAUUGUAAGAUAAGAAGAUGCUUUAAUGUUGGGUUUGUUUCCUUUAGCAUUUUUUAAAUUGUUUUGAUCUAAAAGCUGGGGCGAAAUGAUGACUUUGCCUUUUUAAACAGUCUUUGGUAAUCUGAUUAUCUGUGUUUACAUUUGUGUACCAUUCAAUUAUUAAGAUGAAAGCUGAGUAAGUGUUAAUAAACUUUUCAUUUCUUAAUCAA